AUGGCAGGGCGCCGCCGCUGGCCACCAGGCCAGGCCAGGCCGCUGGUAGUCCAAGCUCGACCUUUCUCCCCCAGGUGCAACUUCAUCUCCUCCUCUCCCCUCCCUUCCCCAGCGCGCCUUCCCAGGCUUGAAACCCUAGCGCGCCCCUACGGCCUCGUCUGCGGCGUCCCCUACACCGCGCUCCCCAUCGCUGCCGUUCUCUCCGUCGACCGCUCCAUCCCCAUGCUCAUGCGCCGCAAGGAGGUCAAGGCCCACGGCACCGCCAAGUCCAUCGAGGGCUCCUUCCGCCCCGGGGACACCGUCCUCAUCAUCGAGGACCUCGUCACCAGAGGCGCCUCCGUGCUCGAGACCGCCGCCCCGCUCCGCGCCGAGGGGCUCGUCGUCGCCGACGCCGUCGUCGUCGUCGACCGCGAGCAGGGCGGGAGGGAGAACCUCGCCGCUAACGGGAUCACGCUCCACUCGCUCAUGACCCUCACCGAGGUGCUCGCCGUGCUGCUCAAGCACGGCAAGGUGACCGAGGAGAAGGCGCAGGAGGUGAGGCAGUUCCUCGACGCCAACAGGAAGGUGGCAGUGCCGGGGGCGGCGCCUGUUAAACCCAAGGUGCUCAGGAAGACAUUUUCGGAGAGGGCGAAACUGGCCGCCAACCCUAUGGGGAAGAAGCUCUUCGAGCUGAUGGAGGCCAAGCAGACCAACCUGUGUGUCGCUGCUGAUGUUGGGACAGCAAAGGAACUCCUUGAGCUGGCUGACAAGGUCGGCCCUCAAAUUUGUAUGUUGAAAACCCAUGUGGAUAUAUUGUCUGAUUUUACACCAGAUUUUGGCUCUAAGCUCCGCUCGGUAUGUGCUCUCAUGAUACUAUACUGGUUUUUGCUCAUGUCGCUUUUGUGUUUUACUUCUACAACCAUAUGCUACAUGAUAGCUCCGAUCCAUAUCUUAAGUUGGAAGCGCAUGCCCUCGGAGUCGUCGAUGUCCGACAGCGGCUUCGUCUCCUGCGGCGUCGGCGAUGACGGCGCCACCAGCACGGGCUCCCCGCGCCGCACCGUGAAUGGCGGCAGAGACGAUGCCAUUGCCAUGACGCGUACGAACGUGAUCAGCUGA